AUGCGUGAGUUUUGUCAUUUUCUUACUAGUUGUAAGCUAUUGGUAAAAAAUUCUACGUUACUGAAGAAAUUGGAUGAUGAAGACUUAAUCCAAGUUCUUGUUUUGAAAUUGCCAAAGUCGGCAAGAGAUAGAUGGUCGUCAAAUGCAUGUGAAUAUCACAGAAAACAUGGAAGCUUUCCACCAUUUUCUGAAUUCUGUGAUCAUGUCAAGAAAAUAUCAAAAGUAACUACACUUCCUCUGUAUGGAACUGGAGUACUUGAUGAACUUGUGGCUAACAAUAAGAAAGCUGCAAAUGUACCCGUUAGAAGAAGGACUUAUAAUAGAGGUUCUCACUCGUACUCUAUUGAUGCAAGCGAAGAAGUUCACAGUUCUCGACAAACAGCUAAGUCGAAAACUACCCAUUUCUCAGAUUCGUGUGUGUGUUGUAAAGGAUCACAUGAUCUGAAUGAUUGUACAGCUUUUCUCAAGAAAUCUUACAAUGACCGAAUCGAAUUUAUCAAGUCAAAUGGCAUAUGUUUUGCAUGUCUAAGAAAAGGUCAUCGUUCGAAAGGAUGCACCAAAAGAAAGACUUGCAAAACUUGUGGUAAAGGUCACCCUACUGCCAUACAUUCAGAAGAAUUCGUUCGCAAGGUCAAGACGAAGAUAGAUUCAAAUGAAGAAAAUAGUUUAACGAAUGCUGAUUGUAAGAAAAGUAUAAUCUGUCAUGCAUCAGAAGCUCGAGAAGUUAUUCGAACUACAAGGAUUGUACCAAUACAAAUACUUUGUGCUAAUCGACCAAGCAAGAAAUUAAAAGUUUAUGCAAUUUUAGAUGAACAAUCUGAUACCACAUUCAUUUCGGAUGAUGUCAGACGAAGCUUGAAAUCAAAUGGAUUUAAGGUGAGAUUGAACCUUUCUACAAUGACCAGUUCGACUGUGGUGGAUUCAUACAAAAUUAUGGGCUUGCAAAUUUUAGGUUGUAAUGGCCACAAGAUAGAUUUGCCUCCAUGUUACACAAGAGAUUCCAUCCCAGUAAAUCGUAAUCAAAUUAUAGACAAGAGGGUUCUGAACAAGUAUACAAAGUUCCAAGAUAUUCUAGAUGAAAUCCCGGACUGUGAUCCUAAUAUUGAUAUUGGUAUACUCAUUGGCACUGAUUGUAUGCAAGCAUUGCGUCCGUUGCAAAUUAUAUCAGAUGCCGACACAGAAAGUUAUGCUAUCAAAACAGCAUUAGGAUGGGGAGUUGUUGGAAUGAUUGAUGCAGUAUGUGUUGGUGGAUAUGCUACCAAAACUUGUAACAAAGUGAUAUCACAUGACCUGUAUGCACCUGAUAUCAUUUCUCCUCAAUUUGUACCUAUAAAUCAAGUUAAAGAAGUCAUUAACCCUUGCAUGAUUUUGAGAAGUUUUGAACAAGAUUUCAUUGAAUGCAUGCACAAGAAUAAUAUCAAAAAGCAAGAAAUUGAUGGUACAUCGAACAAACCUAUUUCUAUCGAAGAUCGUAGAUUUUUGCAGAAGUGUCAAUCAAGUAUUCACAGGACACAGGAUGGUCAUUAUGAGAUGUCUCUCCCUUUUCGAAACAAAGAAGUGAAGCUUUCAAACAACAAGCAAUUAGCUCUCAGAUGCUUACAAGGAAUUAAGAAGCGUUUUGAGAAAGAUGAAAGGUUUAAAGAGCUUUAUUGUGCAUUCAUGAAAGAUGCAAUUGAAAAGGGAUAUGCUGAGAGAAUGUCCGAUGGUGACAAUGGUAAUCAUGGAUAUGUAUGGUAUAUUCCACAUCAUGGAGUGUUUCAUCCUUGUAAGCCAAACAAGAUCAGAGUUGUAUUUAAUUGUAGUUCUGAAUUUGAAGGUCAAAGUUUAAAUGGGCAUUUGCUACAAGGACCAGAUCUUACCAACUCACUGAUAUCAGUACUUGCUCGAUUUCGUGAAAGGGAAAUUGCGUUUAUGGCAGACAUCGAAUCAAUGUUUUAUCAAGUUCGAAUUAACGAAGAAGACAGAGAUUUUGUCAGAUUUCUGUGGUGGGACAAUGGAGAUUGCACGAAAAAACCUAGUUGUUACAGGAUGCGAGUCAUGGUGUUUGGUUCUACGUCGAGUCCAUCGUGCUGUAAUUUUGUCCUCAAGAAGACUGCAGAUGACUAUGAAAAGGAAUUUGGUGAAGAAGCAGCUCAAUUCUUGAGAAAGAAUUUCUACGUUGAUGAUGGUUUAAAGUCAGUUGAUAGUGUUGAAGAAGCAACAUCGUUGAUCAAAGCAAGUAAGAAAAUGUGUGCUAAAGGUGGUUUCAAUUUGACAAAAUUUGUGUCUAAUAAUAAUGAAGUUUUACAAGCUGUUGAUGAGAAUGAUCGCUCGACAAAGUUCAAGAAUUUAGAUCUUGGAAGUAACCCAAUACCAGUUGAAAGAGCACUGGGUGUUCAAUGGUGUAUUGUGGAUGACAGUUUCACUUUUCGUAUUACUCUGAAAGAUCGUCCUUUCACAAGGCGUGGAAUUCUGUCAACAGUAUGUUCAAUCUAUGAUCCGUUCGGAUUUAUUGCUCCUGUUAUCUUAGAAGGAAAACGCAUUCUUCAGGAGUUGUGUCGUGAUAAGUGCAAAUGGGAUGAACCCGUUCCAGAUAAUUUGAAACCAAGAUGGGAGCGAUGGAGAAAUGAUCUUCAUCAUCUUGCCGAAUUAAAAAUUCGACGAUGUUUCAAGCCAAGUAAUUUUGGUGAAAUCAAGGAAACUGAAUUACAUCACUUUAGUGAUGCCUCGACUCGUGGAUAUGGCCAGUGCACCUAUUUAAGACUGACCAAUCAGAAAAAUCAAAUUCAUUGUUCAUUCGUGAUGGAAAGUCUAGAGUAG